CCCAAAGUUGCCAGCGAGGUUUGUCGCCCGCCCGCGGAGCCGCCCGCUCUGUCACCUGGUCUGGCUAGCAGCACAGCAGGAUACUCCUUUGGCGGUUACGCAGCGAGAGAGCUCUAAAUAGGGACCUCGAAUGUCCUUCCUCUGCUGAAGCCAGAAGGUCUCCCACAGGUCUUUAGAUUCCCAGUGGCUCAGGUGCACUUGGGCAGACCAAAGAUGAGAGCCAGUCAGCAGGACUUUGAAAAUGCAGUGAACCAAGUGAAACUCCUGAAGAAGGAUCCAGGAAACCAAGUGAAGCUGCAACUCUACGCGCUGUAUAAGCAGGCCACAGAUGGACCCUGUAAUAUGCCUAAGCCAGGCAUGUUUGACCUAGUCAAUAAAGCCAAGUGGGAAGCGUGGAAUGCCCUUGGCAGCCUCCCAAAGGAAAAUGCCAGGCAAAACUAUGUGGAUCUGGUGUCCAGUUUGAGUCCCUCAUCUGAAGCUUCUAGCCAGGGCAAAAGUGGAGCUGAUGUGAAAGUCCAGGAGUCUAAGGACAUUGUGGUGACCUCUGAAGAUGGCAUCACGAAGAUCAUGUUCAAUCGGCCCUCCAAAAAGAAUGCCAUAACUUCCCAGAUGUAUCAGGAGAUUCUGCUUGCACUUAAAAACGCCAGCACAGACAACUCAGCCAUUACCGUGUUCACAGGAGCUGGUGACUAUUACUGCAGUGGGAAUGACCUAACCAACUUCACCAGUGCCUCUGGUGGAAUGGAGGAGGCAGCUGAAAUGGGUGCUGUGGUACUGAGGGAAUUUGUAAAUGCUUUUAUAGACUUUCCCAAGCCUCUGGUUGCAGUAGUAAAUGGCCCAGCUGUAGGAAUCUCCGUUACCCUUCUGGGACUGUUUGAUGCUGUCUAUGCAUCAGACAAGGCAACAUUUCAUACUCCAUUUAGCCACCUCGGCCAGAGUCCAGAAGCAUGCUCCUCUUAUACAUUUCCGAAGAUAAUGGGCUCAGCAAAGGCAACUGAGAUGCUUCUCUUUGGGAAGAAGCUCACAGCAAGAGAGGCCUGUGCUCAAGGCCUCGUCACUGAAGUUUUUCCUGACAGCACUUUUGAGAAAGAAAUCUGGACCAGGCUGAAAGCAUAUGUGAAGCUCCCACCAAACUCCAUGAGAAUUUCCAAACAGUUAAUCAGAAAAAAUGAGAAAGAAAAGCUCCAUGCAGUUAAUGCUGAAGAGUGCACUACCCUCAAAGAAAGGUGGCUGUCAGAGGAAUGCAUCAACGCUAUCAUGAGCUUCAUGUCCAGAAAAUCAAAGCUGUGAAGACCACCCUCACAGUUAGACUUCUCAGAGGAAGGGUGUGCCCUGAGUUCCAGUUUCUGGUAUAUGUAAAGCACCCUUCACUGUGCCUUUUCCUUGACUAACACAGCAAUUGUAAUGAGAAGGCCUCACAGUGCUGACAAAUAAAAAUUUUCAUACAUCAA